AUGCUAUCCCAUAAAGGGGGGCCGUCGAUACGCCUCUCGAAAGCAAGAAACUUCGUUUUCAGCGUCGUCGCAGCACUUCGGCGAAGGACAAGGCAAUUGCCGAUUGUAUUGGAAAUGUAUUUGGCGGUUGUUGUAGGAUUUCCUGUAACUGUGUGUUUCGGCUGCGAAGAGUCUUCUGAUGCCAAUGCUGAAAUAACGGAACCUAUCCCCACUCCUUCUGCUGACCUAGCGCCAGUACAGAUAGGAUCAUGGGAGAUAGGAUUCCCAGCUACUAAUCUGUUGUCGCGGCGAGAACGGAAACUCGUUCAUGCCGUGAAAGAACCAUUCAGAAUCUCUAGUGGCUCCUUCUCAUUGCCGUUCUCUUGGGUUGCUCCUACCGUAAAGAAGCAUAGCCCUGUUGACAAUUUGUGCGGCCGAGGGUCUUCCAGGCGUCCAGGGGAAGCUAGCCCUGUCCGCCUCAUACUUAGAGGGGAUGUCUCUUUCGCAGGGCGGAAAGCAUACGAAAAGCUCUAA